ACAGGUUGUGUAAGAGGAGUUCUUGGUAGUUCUGAGUUCUGACUUGGGCGACUGGGGUAAAGUGUGGAAGAAACCAAGUAAAGGACAUGGAUGAAGCUCUGCGAAUCCAACAAUUCAACUCAAUUCCUUCGCCUGAAGUUUUCACAUCCCAGAUUGAAUCGAGAAAUGCACCUGCGGUAUUUCACGGCUGCAUCAAGGAUUGGGAAGCCAUUUCCAAGUGGAAUCCAUCUAAUACCGGACUCGACUAUUUACUGGAACAAGUAGGAUCCUCUGUUGUUGAGGCCAUGCUGUCCAGAUCAGCACCAGUUUUCUAUGGUGAUCUUAGAAGCCAUGAGAGGGUUCAAUUGCCAUUCUCGACCUUCAUCAUCUCUUGCAAACAGCUUCUCCAAAACGCAGAUGAUGGUUCUGUUGUUUGUGUUGAAUCAGAAGACCAUGGGUUGACAGGGUCAAACAGAGAGCAAGACACUUAUCAACUUUAUUUAGCACAGGUACCAAUUUUAAAUAUGGAGAAUCAGGAGAGGUCUCAGCUUGAAAUUCUGAAAGAAGAUAUUCAAAUGCCUACUUUCUUGGAGACAAAAGCAGUAGCAUCUAUCAACAUAUGGAUGAAUAAUUCAAAAUCUAGAUCCAGUACUCACUAUGAUCCACAUCAUAACCUUUUAUGUGUAGUUGCUGGAUGUAAAAAAGUUUUUUUAUGGCCUCCUUCAGUGAGUCCAUCGAUGUACCUAAUGCCUAUUUUUGGAGAGGCUUCAAACCAUAGUUCUGUCAGUCUAGAAAACCCAGACUUUUCAGUUCAUCCAAGAGCAAAACACUUGAUGGAGUACUCACAAACUGCCAUUCUUUGUCCGGGUGAUGCACUUUUCAUUCCUGAAGGAUGGUUCCAUCAAGUGGAUAGUAAUGAUUUGACCAUUGCUGUUAACUUUUGGUGGCAGUCCACGACAAUGUCUAGCAUGUCAGAACACAUGGAUGCAUAUUAUUUUCGUAGAGUAUUAAGAAGAUUGAUUGACAAAGAAAUGAAUCAAAUGUUACAUACGAGUUCAGUUGGUAAGGGGAACCCUGAAAGACAUGCAAAUGAGCUGCAUGAAAAUAAAAAUGCAGGCCAUCAUAUGGACGAGCACUCUGGAAGCAAGGAUUUGAAAGGGAAGAACCAAAAGCAGAUCAUGUUGGACCAGCUAGAGCCCCCUACACUCCAAGCUCUUCAUGAGCUUGUAUCUUUAGUUCAUGAGAAUGUUAAUGUUGCUAGUCAAAGUGGACCUGAGGAAUCCACCUCUGAUAACAACGCAACAGUCAAUGUGAAGGGUGAAGACAAGAAGCUUGUGACAGCUAAUUUAUUUCACUUGGAUGAUGAUCCGGUUGCUAAAAUCCUUCGGAACCUUGAACCACUUGUGCUUCAGAAUAUCUUGCAGGCUUUGGUGCAUAAUUUCCCGAGGACAUUAGAGGCUCUAAUCCUGCAUAUGCUUUCACCUGUUGGGUCAGAAGUACUUACACAAAAAUUUGAUGAGAUGGACCAACAGACCAUAAAAGAAGAAAGGGAUGAGUUCUACCAGGCAUUUUACAGCAUAUUUGAUGAUCAAUUUGCUGUGAUGGAUUCAAUUUUAAAUGGGAAAGAGCAAUUUGCUCGCCAGGCAUUGAGGAAUGUCUUGGAUUUGUAUGUUGGAGCGAAAUAUGAUGGAUCAAAUCGGUCGGCUGAGUGAGGUGCCAUAGCUUUUUGACACCUGCUAUACUGAUGUGAAACUGAUUACAGCACUGCUUGACCUGUAUUUCAUAUUUUCAGAUCAGUCCCUUUUGUUUGUACCAGAUACCACUCUGUUAAACAUUGUCAGUUUUGUAGAAUAUAAUGAAUUAACAACUCU